AUGGGUUCUGAGCGUGAGAACAAGACGUUCCUCGCGAGGCUCUGCGAGCAGGCCGAGCGCUACGAUGAGAUGGUUAGCUACAUGAAGGAAGUCGCCAACAUUGGUGGCGAGCUUACCGUCGAUGAGCGCAACCUCCUGUCCGUCGCUUACAAGAACGUUGUUGGUACCCGCCGUGCCUCCUGGCGCAUCAUCUCCUCCAUCGAGCAGAAGGAGGAGUCCAAGGGCUCUGAGGAGCACGUUACCAUCAUCCGGGAUUACCGCCAGAAGAUCGAGACUGAGCUGGAGAAGGUCUGCCAGGAUGUCUUGGACGUCCUUGACUCGUCCCUGAUCCCCAAGGCCGAGACUGGCGAGUCCAAGGUGUUCUACUACAAGAUGAAGGGUGACUACCACCGUUAUCUGGCCGAGUUCGCUUCUGGCAACAAGCGCAAGGUUGCCGCUACCGAUGCCCACGAGGCCUACAAGAACGCUACCGACGUUGCCCAGACCGAUCUCACCCCUACCCACCCCAUUCGCCUUGGUCUCGCGUUGAACUUCUCCGUCUUCUACUACGAGAUCCUCAACUCUCCCGACCGUGCCUGCCACCUCGCCAAGCAGGCCUUUGACGACGCCAUCGCUGAGCUCGACUCCCUCUCUGAGGAGAGCUACCGUGACAGCACCCUCAUCAUGCAGCUUCUGCGUGACAACCUCACUCUCUGGACCUCUUCCGAUGGCAACGAGGGUGCCGAGGGUGCUGCCCCCAAGGAGGAUAAGGCCGAGGAGGAGGCCGCUGCCCCUGCCGCCGAAGACAAGGCCGAGGAGGCCGAGCCUCAGGCUGCGUCUUAA